UCACGUUGUACGAUUUGUCAACAUCGUUCGUUAGACUCUGUGUCUAUCUCUGUGAAUCAUCUCAACAGUCAGUCAGAGUAGUAAGUCAAUCCCCGAAAAACCACUGCUCUGCAUGUUUGUCGACCAAAACCAAAGCGUUCCCGUCGCCUACUGCGCAAACUCCAGGCUUCGCCAACAGCAAUUGUUCUCCCUACUGCACACCGCCUGCAAAACUCUCAAACACCUCUCCCAAAUCCACGCCCAAAUCGCCACCAAUGGAUUCGCCGCCAAGAAUUUCAUCCUCGUCAAAAUGUUGUCUCUCUACGUCGCUUUCGACAAUUUCCCUCGCGCCCGCCAAGUGUUCGACCAAUUGCCUGACCCGAGCACCGCAAUCUGGAACCAGAUUAUCAGGGGAUACUCGCGCGCCGGAUGCCCCCGCAAUUCGAUCGAACUGUUUAGUGCCAUGGGGCGCCGUUCUUCCGCGGUCCCCGACGGCCAUACGUACACUUACGUUGUUAACGGGUGCACGAAAGGAGGAUUGUCGGGAGAGGGCGAGCAGGUCCAUGGGAAGGCUGUGAAGAGUGGAUUUUAUUCGAAUGUCUACGUUCGGACCAGCUUGUUGGAUUUCUAUGUCAAAAAUGGAGGAGAAGAUGGAAUGGGGAAGGCGAAGAAGGUGUUCGAUGAAAUGGGGGAGAUAAGGACCGUUGUCACGUGGAAUUCGAUGCUUUUGGGGUGCUUCUCCGGCGGGGACGUUGAUGGCGCACGAAGGGUGUUCGACGAAAUGCCUGAGAGGAAUGUUGUCUCGUGGACAACGAUGAUUGCGGGAUACGCGCGGAAUGGGAGAUGCAGAGAGGCUUUGGCGUUGUUUCAGGAAAUGCGGAACGGGAACGUCGAGUUUGAUCAGGUUACGAUGGUGGCCGUGCUUUCAGCGUGUGCUGAGGUCGGCGAUCUGAGCCUUGGGAAAUGGAUUCAUUCAUACGUUGUUGAUUUUUCCACUUCGGGGAAGCAGCGUGUGCUUAUUUCAUUGAAAAAUGCACUGAUACAUAUGUAUGCUAGUUGCGGCGAAAUCUGGGCGGCGUUUGCGGUGUUCAAAGGGAUGGAGCAGAGGACCGUUGUUUCUUGGACUAGUAUGAUCACUGGCUUUGCGAAACACGGGCAUGGAAACGAGGCGCUCAGUGUGUUCCGAUGGAUGGAAAGUGUAGAAGACGGCAAGGUUAGGCCUGACGCGAUAACAUUCCUCGGCGUUCUCUGCGCUUGCAGCCAUUCGGGUUACGUCAAGGAGGGACGGCAUUACUUUCGGAAUAUGAUCGAGAGUUGGGGUGUUGAACCGAUGAUAGAGCACUUUGGAUGCAUGGUUGAUAUGUUAAGCCGAGCUGGAUUAUUGGAUGAAGCGCACAACCUGGUAAAAUCUAUGCCGAUGAAGCCAAAUGACGUUGUUUGGGGCGCCCUUCUCGGUGGAUGUAGGAUUUACAAAAGUGUCGAUCUUGCUUUAGAUGUAGCUCAUUGGUUGACGAGGGAACUCGACCCUCAUCGAGCAGCCGGCUACUUUGUGCUAUUAUCCAAUGUGUAUGCUGACGCCAAGAAGUGGGAGGAUGUGGUAUCUAUUCGGAGAAGAAUGCUUGAGAUGAAGACGAGGAAGCCUCCGGGUCGAAGCUGGAUACAGAUUGAAGGAGACGUGUAUGAAUUUACUGCGGGUGAUAGGUCGCAUAAGGACGUAUCUUUAAUCUACGACAUCCUUGAUGAUAUCAUGAGGGAAGCCAGGUUUCAAGAUGCGGAUGAAUCGAGUUAAAUUGUUUUUGGAAAGUGACGGUAUUGGCUCAUCGAACCAUUUUGAGAAUUUGGCAGGCCAACCUCUUUGUUCGACGAUCUCGAAAUCCCAAUAAAAGGAUCACGAAAUGAGAUGGUUUCCGCAACAAAUUUUUUGGAGCGGGGUGGUUGGGAAGGCAAGUGGACUAUAGUUCGUUAGGCUCGUUCCCUGUUCUCAAGACAUCCUCGAAUUAUUUCUUGGUAUGCAAUAUGUGCGAAACGAUACCCUCCGGAAAGGGAAAGGCCGUCGUGCAUAGCAGCAGUAGCAGUCGAACUGAUCGUAGCAAAAUCAGAAUUUUACUCUGUGACGUUGAUGCAGAAAGUUGCGGCGAAAUACUAACUCAUCUCUCCCAGUGCUCUUACCAGGGUCGCCGCGCGCUUUUCUUACGCGCUUUUUAUACUUUCGAAAAUAUAUAUAUAUACACACUGAAUUGACGAAUACAUUUUGCGCGUUUUUGCAGUCGCAGCCGUGUGGUCUCCGAGAGAGGUGCUCGACACGGUGGACUCGCAAGGACCUCUCGCGGAUAUCAUUCUCGUCGAGGUGGGUUUAUUAAUGGCAAACGACGCACUUCUGCUGCGACACAUUAUGGACGAGAAGCGACUGCAGCGAAUCCCCGUCGUCAUUAUUACGACGCAGGACAAGGUGGCGGCGUCGGUGAAGGGGCUGAAACUUGGAGCUGUGGAUUACCUUGUGAAGCCUCUGCGUGAGGAUGUGCUGUUGAAUCUAUGGAUGCAUUUGGAGAGGUAGACGGAGAGACAGCCAUUGCUGGUUUAUCUAUUUCCAUUUUAGAGCUCACCUCAGCUCAGCUUUUAUUUAGUGUCACAAUUAUUCAGUUUUAUUGUUUACUGCUGGGGGUCACUUUCUUUUUAAAAAAAAAAAAUUUUAAAAAAAAAGGAAAAAAGAAAAAGAAAACGUUGUCCUAACGAUGAUGUUUUUGUCGUAAUAAGGUUGAUGUUUAAGGAAAUUAUUACUCCCUCAGCCCCCACUUUCCUGUAUUUUGACUUUUGUGUGUUUGUCUGGGAUUUUGGAUUUUGAG